AAUAGUCGAAUAGAGUAGAUUGUGUUAUUCUGGCCUGGAUCCAUUACUUUUUGCUUUUGCGACUGGUAUAAGGAGCAGGCUUCCGCAAAAUCGAAACUGAUUGUGCUAUUGUUCUUCGCGGGAAUAAUGGCGACUUUGUCGCACUCGGAGUCUAGACGCUUGUAUUCUUGGUGGUGGGACAGCCAUAUUAGCCCGAAGAAUUCUAAAUGGCUUUACGAUAAUCUUACAGAUAUGGAUUCUAAAGUUAAAGCAAUGAUCAAACUGAUUGAAGAAGAUGCAGAUUCUUUUGCUAGAAGAGCGGAAAUGUACUAUAAAAAACGGCCGGAGCUCAUGAAAUUGGUUGAGGAGUUUUAUAGGGCUUACCGUGCAUUAGCAGAGAGGUAUAACCAUGCAACCGGGGAGCUUCGCCAAGCCCAGAAAACCAUGGCUGAAGCCUUCCCCAACCAGGUUCCUUUCGUACUGGCUGACGAGUUACCCUUAGGCUCUUCAGGCCCCGAGGCCGAGCCUAACACGCCAGAAACGCCACAUCAAAUUCAUGCAUUCUUUGAUUCAGAUGACUUGCAAAAGAACUUCGGAAUAAGCAAAAGGGGUUUAAAGCAGUUGAAUGAGAUAUUCGAGACCGGGAAAGUGCCUCGAAAUGCCAACAUCGCCGAAGGAAGAAUGAAGGGGGCAAAUGGCGAUGGAGCCGAGGAAAGUGAGCGCAGUGGGUUUUCUCAGUUAUCAAUUGAGAAUCAAAAUCUGAAGAAUAAAGUUAUUUCCGAGUCUGAACGUGCAGGUAAAGCUGAAACCGAAGUAGAAUUCUUGAAGAAAUCUCUUGCCGAGAUUCAAGCUGAAAAGGAAGAUGUCGCUCUGCAGUACCAGCAGAGUUUAAAGAAGUCAUCGAGCCUGGACAGUGAACUUAGCGAAGCACAAAAGUAUGCCAGGAAUCUCGACGAACAAGCCAGCAAAGCUGAAAUUGAAAUCAAAGUAUUGAAGGAAGCUUUCAAUAAAUUGGAAGCCGAGAGAGAUGCCGGUCUUCAUCAGUACAGUCGGUGCUUGGAAAGAAUAUCCAGCAUGGAGAAUACUAUUUCCCUAUCCCAAGAGGAAGCAAAAGGGCUUAACGAUAGGGCUUCCGAAGCAGAAACUGAAGCUCGGAAUCUUAAGAUGGAUCUUUCUCAGUUAGAGGCUGAAAAGGCUGCUGGUCUUCUUCGAUACAAGCAGUGUCUUGAGAUGAUAUCUUCAUUAGAAAAUAAAAUCUCACUUGUUGAAGAAAACACAAAAAUGCUCAACAUGCAAAUUGAAAGAGCUGAAACCGAAGUUGAAGCUCUAAAAGAUGCUCUUGCUAAGCUGAAAGAAGAGAAGGAUACCGUGGCUCGUCGGUAUGAGCAGUGCUUGGAAACAAUUGCCAGAUUGGAGAGUGAACUUUCUUGUGCCCAAGAGGAGUCAAAACGAUUAAACAGCGAGAUUCUAGUCAAUGCCGAAAAAUUGAGGAGUGUGGAAGAGCAGCGUGUUCUGCUGGAGACAUCGAAUCAAUCUCUACUAGCAGAGGCCGAUAGUCUGGUGCAGGAAAUAGCAAUCAAGGAUCGAGAACUGUCGAAGAAGCAAUACGAGUUGGAGAAACUUCAGACAUCACUGCAGGAAGAGCAUUUUCGGUUUGUGCAAGUCGAAGCUACACUGCAAACAUUACAAGAGUUGAAUUCGCAAUCUCGGGAGGAGCAGAGGAUUUUGACAUUGGAGCUUCUAAAUAAGCUUCAAAAGUUGGAGGAGUUGGAAGUAAGCAACCAAAAAUUGGAGGGUGAAAUUCAGCAAGUGCAGGGUGAAAACCGAAGCCUCAAUGAAUUUAACAGUUCUUCCGCCAUUUCAAUAAAGAGUUUGGAAGAUGAAAUUUUCGGCUUGAAGGAACUGAAAGAAGAACUGGAAAGUGAGGUUGCGGUACAAAUCGAACGAAGUAAUAUUCUCCAGCAAGAGGUCGACAAAUUGAAGGAUGAAAUUGGGGUAUUGAGUAGUGCAUACCAGGCAUUAAUUCAGAAGCUUCUGUCUGUAGGUUUAAAUCCAGAAUGUCUAGAAUCAUCGUUGAAGGAAUUACGACACGAGAACUCGAAGCUGAAGGAGGAAUGCGGUAAGCAAAGAGGCAAGACCGAGGUUCUUUAUGAGAAACUGAGAAGCAUGGAUGACCUUAUGGAGAAGAAUGCUGUUUUGAGAAGUUCACUGUCGGAAAUGAAUGGAAAAUUGGAAGGGUCGAAGGAGCUUGUCGAGGAAUUACAGAAGUCCCGUGAAUUUCUUCGGGGAGAAAAAUCUUCCCUCGAUGCUGAGAAAUCGACCCUUCUUUCUCAUUUACAGAAAAUGACUGAGAAUAUGCAGAAGCUCUUGGAGAAAAACACAAUGCUGGAAAGCUCCCUUUCUUGUGCUAAUAUCGAGCUCGAAGGCUUGAGAUCGAAGUCAAAGACUUUAGAAGAAUUCUGCCAGUAUCUCAAAGAUGAGAAAUCCAAUCUUGCAGGUGAAAGAGAUAACCUGAUCUUUAAGCUAGAGACUGUUGAAAAGAGGCUAUGCAUCCUGGAAUUCAGAUUCGAUAAACUGGAGGAAAAAUAUUCCGACCUGGAGAAGGAGAAAGAAUCGACACUCUCUCAGGUGGAGAAACUACGGGAUUCACUCGGUGUCGAACAAGAAGAGCGUGCCGGUUAUGUUCGGUCAAGUGAAUCUCAGCUAAAGGAUCUAGAAAACCAUGUCCAUCUACUGCAUGAAGAAAGUAUGUUCCGAAAGAAAGAGUUGGAAGAAGAAAUUAGUAAAGCUGUCAAGGCUCAGGUUGAGAUCUUCAUCUUCCAAAAAAUCGUAAAAGAUCUCGAGGAAAAAAACUUGUCUCUGUUGAUCGAAUGUCAGAAGCAUGUGGAGGCAUCCAAAUUGUCGGAUAAACUAAUCAGGGAGUUGGAGAGUGAAAAUCUGGAGCAGCAGAUAGAAGGUGAAUUCCUGUUGGAUGAAAUCGAAAAACUAAGAUCCGGGAUUUAUCUAGUUUUCAGGGCUCUUCAGUUUGAUCCUGCUAACAGACAACGAGAUAUGACUGAAUCCAAUCAUGUUCCAUUUUCAUGCAUUCUGGAUAAUGUUGAAGACCUAAAGAGUUCAGUAUUGAGAAACCAGGAGGAGAAGCAACGGCUGGUAGUUGAGAACUCAGUUCUGUUAACUUUAAUCGGGCAACUUAAAUUCGAGGGAAGUGAACUUGUGUCGGAGAACCGAGCCCUUGAGUAUAAGUUUGAGAUUGCAGAGAAGCAGAAUGCAAUGCUGCAGAAAGACAAGAAGGAGCUUCUAGAGAUGAACCAGCAGUUGAUGUUGGAAGUGCGUGAUGGAACGAUGGAGAAAGAAAUAUUAAAUGCCGAACUUGAGAGUCAACGUGGAGAGCUCGAGAGUAUGUACGGAACUUGCUUACUAUUAGAAGAGGAGAAUUCCAAGCAGCUCGAAGAAAACAGGUUUUUGCUCAAGAAAUUUUCGCACCUCAAAGAGGAUAUGCGUAUUCUAGAAGACGAGAAUAGUAUUGCCCUACAAGAAGCAGUAGCCCUUAAUAGUCUCUCUCUCGUUUUCGAGACCUUUGGUGCUGAGAAAGCAGUCGAAAUUGCGAAAUUGGAGGAGAAGUUGGAGAAGAAAGAAGCUGGAAUUUCGGAAUUGAAAGAAACCAUCGAAAAGUUGCACAAGGAGCUAUAUGCUGUCAAAGAUUUAAACGACGAAUUAAACCAUCGAACUGUUAUCGGUAAUGAUUUGCUUAGAGGGAAGACCAUUGAGCUUUCGGAAGCGGAUGAAAAGCUUCAGGCUGCACAUGAAUCAAAUGAAGAACUGUACCGGACCCUUGAGGAACUGAAGAGGGAAUGUGAGGAAUCUAAACAGAUUCAAGAAAAGUUAGAGAAGCGGAUUAGUGAACUGUCUGAAGAUAGCGAAGAACAGAAAAUGGAGAUUGAACACCUUCGUGAAGAAAACGACAAUUUGGGUUCUGAAGUCGUUACAUUACGUAAUAAAAUCGAAGAACAAAGGAUGUAUGGAGAAAACCUGAGUCUAGAGCUGCAAGAGAGAAGCAGUGAGUUUGAGCUGUGGGAGGCUGAGGCUGCAUCAUUUUACUUCGAUUUCCAAGCUUCUGCCAUCAGUGACGUUCUGCUUGAAAACAAAGUACAUGAGCUUACUGAAGUUUGCGGGACUCUUGAAGAAGAAAACGCUGCAAAGAGUGCACAAAUAGGACAGAUGAAGAAAAGGGUUGAGUUCUUGGAAAGUGAAAUCUGGGGGUUGAAGGUUCAGAUGCCUGCUUAUAGUCCCGUUAUAGCUUCAUUGAGAGACGGUACAACAUCCUUCGAGCAUAAUGCCCUUAUUAAGCCAAAGCUUUGUGUUCCGAUCGAUGAUGAAGAUAAGGAUGUUGAAAUGGCAGAUGAACUUCAUGAAAUGAGCUCCGAGAAACUCGAAGGAUACAGUGCUUUUCUGACGGCCGAGAUUUCAGACUUGCAGGAGAUGCACACUAGGCUUAAAGCAGUUGAAAAGGCAGUGGUGGAAGAGAUGAACAGACUUGUGAAGCAAGAAAGUAAUAGGAACAGACAUGAAAUCAAAGCUCCGUCUUACGGCAUUGAGCCUCCAAAUCAAGAAACGAAGAAAGGCAUGCAAGUUGGUGAUGAGCUUGCUCGGAAUCUCAAGUCAAAGAAACCCAAAAUUCCCGAAACGAGAAAUGGGAUAUUGUUGAAAGAUAUUCCCCUUGAUCAAGUCUCCGAUUCUUCAUUAUACAGGAGCAAGAGCAAGAGAGAGACCUGCACAGCUGAUGAUCAAACGCUCGAGCUAUGGGAAUCUGCAGAGCAUGAAUGUGAUGUCGAUUUGAAACUCAAUGACAUGCAAGAACAGGCGAUCGUGCCUGGGGAGAUCAUUGCUUCUCAUCAGUUGAACGAUGUAGAGUCAAAAACCGAUUGUUCUUUGGGAGCACUGGUGGAGAAGGAGCUGAGCAUCGAUAAGCUGGAGAUUUCCACCAGCAACAGAGAGCCUAAGAAAAGAGCCAAAAGCAGGAGGUUCUUAGACCGACUCGAUUCCGAUGCUCAUAAAUUGACGACCCUCCAAACUACUGUGAAACAGCUGAAAAAGAGAAUGGAGAUCAAGAAGAGGAAGAAGGAUUUCGAGUUAGAGUACGGACAAGUCAAAGAGCAAUUACAAGAGGUGGAGGAUGCAAUCACGGAGUUGUUGAAUGCCAAUGGUGAACUGGUAAAGGAUGUUAAGGGGUGUUGCUCUUCAUCUUUCGACGGGACAACCUCAACCGAGUUGGAAGAGCCCAGAGAUCGCGACUUGAAGAAAGUGCGAGAGCAGGCACAAAAAGGGUCUGAAAAGAUCGGGAGGUUGCAGUUCGAGGUGCAGAGCAUCGAGUAUGUAUUGCUGAAAUUGGAAGACGAAAGGAAGAGCAAAGGAAAAAAUCGAAUGGGAGUCGUCCACUUGAGGGACUUCAUCUACAGCGGCGGAAGACGGAGCGGAAGGCGGAAGAAGGCUUGCUUCUGUGGGUGUGCAAGACCUUCUAGAGGUGUGGACUGAGGCCAGCAUGCACACACA